CAACGUCACUAAUGACACGUAUUCAAAAUGGCGGCCGCGGCUGUGGAGACGUGGUGGUGGGCCCUGCUGCUGUUGUCCCUGCUGCCUGUGGUCCACCCCUUCUACGUUCCUGGAGUCGCUCCCAGAAACUUCCGCGAGGGAGAGACAGUAGAUAUUAAGGCAGUGAAGCUGACCAGCUCACGUACCCAGCUUCCUUAUGAAUACUACUCCCUGCCUUUCUGUAAGCCAGACACCGUUUUCUACAAGGGAGAGAACCUGGGGGAGGUUUUACGAGGCGAUCGUAUUGUGAAUACUCUCUACAAUGUUGAGAUGAGCAAGGACAAGAAGUGCGAGGUGGUGUGCAACAAGAAGAAGCUCAGCGUAGACGACAGCAAACUGUUUGCUGAGCGGAUCCAGGAGGAGUAUUAUGUUCACCUUAUUGCAGAUAACCUUCCAGUUGCCACCAGGUUGGAGUUGUACCCCAACAGAGAGGCAGGAGGGGAGGAGGAGCUGAAGAAGGACAUAGUGAAGGAUAUCCAGUUUGAACACGGAUACAGGCUGGGCUUCGUCGACAACAACAAGUUCUAUCUGCACAACCACCUGUCCUUCAUCCUGUACUACCACAGGGAGAAACUGGAGGAGGGCGACGUUCACGACUACAGGGUGGUGCGAUUCGAGGUCGUGCCUCAGAGUGUCAAAGUGGAAGAUCUGAAGGCCGUGGAAAAGACUUGCAUUUUGCCUGAAGCCAGUGGCUCCGCCCCCCAGGAGAUUGAGCCAAACAAGGAGAACGAGGUCCUCUUCACCUACUCUGUCCACUGGGAGGAGAGCGAGAUAAAGUGGGCGUCCCGCUGGGACACGUAUCUGACCAUGAGCGACGUCCAGAUUCACUGGUUCUCCAUCGUCAACUCCGUGGUGGUCGUCUUCUUCCUCUCUGGUAUUCUCAGCAUGAUCAUCAUCAGGACCUUGAGGAAGGACAUCGCCAACUACAACAGAGAGGAUGACAUCGAGGACACCAUGGAGGAGUCGGGGUGGAAGAACGUCCACGGUGACGUCUUCAGACCGCCUCAGUAUCCCAUGAUCCUCAGCUCCCUGCUGGGCUCAGGGAUUCAGCUCUUUUGCAUGAUCCUCAUCGUCAUCUUUGUUGCCAUGUUGGGCAUGUUGUCACCGUCUAGUAGAGGAGCCUUGAUGACCACUGCUUGCUUCCUCUUCAUGUUUAUGGGAGUCUUCGGUGGCUACUUUGCCGGCAGACUGUACCGCACACUGAAGGGCCAUCGGUGGAGGAAGGGAGCAUUUUGCACGGCGACUUUGUAUCCUGCCGUGGUUUUUGGAAUCUGCUUCAUCCUGAAUUGUUUCAUCUGGGGAGAACACUCCUCUGGGGCAGUUCCUUUCACCACGAUGCUGGCCUUACUGUGCAUGUGGUUCGGUAUCUCCAUGCCCCUGGUCUACCUGGGCUACUACUUCGGUUUCCGCAAACAGCCGUACGAUAACCCAGUGCGCACCAAUCAGAUCCCCCGGCAGGUCCCAGAGCAGCGCUGGUACAUGAACAAGUUUGUAGGAAUCCUCAUGGCUGGGAUCCUGCCCUUUGGUGCCAUGUUCAUCGAGCUCUUCUUCAUAUUCAGUGCCAUCUGGGAGAAUCAGUUUUAUUACCUCUUCGGCUUCCUCUUCCUGGUCUUCAUCAUCUUGGUGGUGUCCUGCUCUCAGAUCAGCAUCGUGAUGGUUUAUUUCCAGCUCUGUGCAGAGGACUAUCGGUGGUGGUGGAGGACUUUCCUGGUCUCAGGAGGCUCUGCGUUCUACGUCCUCAUAUACGCCGUCUUCUACUUUGUCAACAAGCUGGACAUCGUGGAGUUCAUCCCCUCCCUCCUGUACUUCGGCUACACGGCCCUGAUGGUCCUGUCCUUCUGGCUGUUGACCGGCACGAUCGGCUUCUACGCCGCCUACAUGUUCAUCAGGAAAAUCUAUGCUGCAGUCAAGAUCGACUGAGUCGUCACCUCGCUGCUGUUCUCAUUGUUUUUUGUUUUUUUUUUGUUUUUGUUUUUUUUUUUUGGGUCACAUGUGUGUUUUUUUUAAUAUAUAUAUUUUUUAUUCGUGUCCAAUGAGCACUGACUUGUGUGCAGAGGGAAGGAGAGGGGUGCGUUUUUACGGUGCGACAGCCCCACCUACUGGCCUCAUAGGUGAAGAGCAGCAAAGGUGGCAGAGCUAAACCGGCUCUUUCUCCCCCUUCUUUCUCUGUCUCCUCCCUGCCCUCCCUCCUUCUCCCCCCCUUCUUCUUCUUCUUCUUCUUUCCAGGACAGAGACCCAGAGGAAGAUCUUCCUCUGCCCGGACAUUUAAUGUCUUCUGCCGUCUCUUGCACACAAACACAGCGGGCCAAAGCUUGUCAAAUGAUGGUUUCUGCACAUUUUGUCUUUUUUUUUUUUUUUUUUUUGACUCUAACUUAUCCAAGUUUUUAUUUUUGUCAUCCUAGGAUUUGUCUGUGACUUAAUUUCUUCCAAUCAUCUCCUCGGGAAGCUCUGAUUUUCUGUCACUACUCUUUCUAUCGUCGCUUUUUUUUUUUUUUCUUUUUCUUUUUUCUUUCCACGUGACUUUGAUUUUCUGAGACUCUGCAGAUCAGGGAAGGAUUGGGAUUGAGUUCAACUGUGGUUAAGGUGUUAACAUUUAUGUGUGUCGAACUGAUGUGGAUGAGAAUUAUGCUGGGCAGUUCUACGUUGUAACACAAGAAAAAAAAAGUAUAAAUUAAAUGCUCUAUUAUUUUUUAUUAUUAUUAUUAUUAUUAUGAUUUCAGAUUUCACUGUAAUCGAAAUAUUAGCUUCUCCUUCAAAAAACUGUGGGUCUCUUAUUGGUGUCAGUGUAUUUGGGACUGAACAGCCCACACACGGUGGAGGUGGUGGAGCGGUGGGUGCAGCCACUGGACAAAUGACGAGGAGGAGGAGGAGGAGGAACCUUUUGUAUUUGAAAGUCUACAAUAUAAAUCUGUUUUUCCACUUGGUUAACGUGCCGUGAGUGUAGCCUUAGCAGAGCCUGCAGCCUGCUGAACUAUGCAGUAAUGGAAAUUGGAAAAGUUAUUUCAAAGGACCUUUUUAUGUUUUUGGCUGGGGGGGUGGGCGGGGUUACGAUGAUGAUGAUGAUGAUGCCUCGUUUCUAUAAGUCUGAAUCUAAUGUGUUGGUACAUUUUUACAGUAGCAGAGUCGUGGAUCCAGCAUCUGUUCAAGCAGUGUUUGUUUUUUUAAUUUUUUUUUGUGUUGUCUUUCGGCUGUCAUCCAUAUUUCCGUAUUAGAGCUCGUAUGUCUCCUUGAUUUUUAAAAAUUGUAUAAAAUAUUCAGCUAAUAACUGGAAAAAAAAACUGCAUUUAAUACAUGGGUAGAAUCUGAUUAAAAAAAAGAAACAACUUUACAAGCUUUACAAGCACCUCGAGUUAAAAGGGCUUCCCAUAGACGUGUUUUACCGUAGUGAAAAUCACAUAACAUAUAUUUGAAUAUAUUCCAGUUGCAGUAUGAGUCACAUUAGAGGAGCGGUUUGAUGUGUUGAAGGUAAAGCACUGAAUCAUGCAAGUGUCUUAAAAAUGAAAAUGUCGGACUCGACCCUCCUUUUCCAGACGAUAAGAGUGAAUUAGUUGCAUCUGUCCCUGAUAACAUGCAGAACUACGUGCAAGUUUCUGGUAACUGCUGACCAGUCAUCCACAGCGACGUGGUGGAUAUUUUAGCUAUUUUUAUUUUUAUUUUUUUUUGGAGUAAAGUGUGUGUUCAAAGCUCCUAAAAUAAAAGUGAUGAACGGAAGCAGCAUGCAGGGCUCACAGAGCCUCUCAUGGACAGAUUCAUCACUACCUGUCACAAGUUUGGACACUUUUAGUUGUUUUUUUUUUUAAUUGUUUUUUUGCUUGAGCGAUGUGUUAGUGAAGGGUUGCAUGGGGGGAGGGAGGGAGGGGGGGAGGGAGGGAGGGGGGGUAAAGGUGCCUAGAUCAACCCUGAUUCUCCAGGGCCAGAACAGAUGAAUGUCCCGUCCUUUCAUCCACGUCUGCAACCAAUCAGCUGCAAGGAAUUAUCCCAGUUUCCCAUUUUUAAGUUCACUACACUCUGCACAGAAAUGUCUUAACUAAGUGUUUAAACUAAGGGUUUAUUCUGGCCCCGCGGGGUGAAUUCGAAGACAGUUUUUUCCACUAAAAGCAGCUGCUAUUCCAAGAUUUGACACAGUUUUACUGAGAGUUGUGGAUAUAACACGAAGCUGAGACCAGAAGUUGUUUGUUAAAUGCUUUGUAAUAGUGCAGUUUUUCUUUUUUUUCCAAUAGAACAAAGGGAAACAAUCAGAGUCGCUAUCAUGUAACUGGUUCGACCCGACUGAGAUCAAACUAAAACGAGGCUUAAAGCCGGAGACGUUGCGCCUGAUUUAUCCUGGUCCACUCUCAUGUUAAAAGUGUCCUCUCCUCCUCUGCUGCUGGGGAGCACAUGUCAGGGGAGAGGUUUCUUUUCUUUAUUACAGACAGAUCAUUCAGACCCCCCCCCCCCCCCCCCCCCCCCCCCUCUGUCUCGAGUCAUGCGUGAUACGCGUGAUGAAGGGUUUCCCAGUGUAAAUAAACCAGCUUUGUAUUUGUUGCGUUUCUUCGCUGUUUGUGGCGCUUUCGUUGAUGAUUCCCGUCUCCAUCUGAGCCGACAGCAUGACGCUCACUUUCAAAGGAGCCCCCUUCUCUUUCUCUUUCUUUUCUUCUUUCUUUUCUUUUACAGAAUGUCUGAUUCCAAAAAUGUACGAUGACUAAACAAUAAAGUGAUGACAAGUUGAAUAUGAAA